AUGGAUUUUUCGAAAUCCGAUUUCGGUAACACUAUCAUUCAAAUUCGACAGAAAUUUCUACAGUUGGUGAUAAAUUGUACUACUACUACUACUACUACUACUACUACUACUACUACUACUACUACUACUACUACUACUACUACUACUACUACUACUACUACUACUACUACUACUACUACUACUACUACUACUACUACUACUACUACUACUACUACUACUACUACUACUACUACUACUACUACUACUACUACUACUACUACUACUACUACUACUACUACUACUACUACUACUACUACUACUACUACUACUACUACUACUACUACUACUACUACUACUACUACUACUACUACUACUACUACUACUACUACUACUACUACUACUACUACUACUACUACUACUACUAAUACUACUACUACUACUACUACUACUACUACUACUACUACUACUACUACUAAUACUACUACUACUACUACUACUACUACUAAUACAUAG